AUGAUUGCAAAAUUGUCACUUUUAAAAAAUGCAGCAAGGCCUGAAUUUCACGUGACUAAUUAUCAGAAGAUCAACUUCUGAAACAAUUUCAAGCUCAGAUGGCACAAUAAUAAAUACAAGCAACUACUAUUAAACACAAGAGAUUUCGCAUUCUGCUCUGAGCUUUACAAAAUAAUUCCGCCUGCAGAAAAAACAUAUACAAGAAUUAAUAUUCUAUUUCUUCACGCUAGCUUGAUUGGGAAAAAUAUUGAAUCAGUGAACAGAAAGGAAUAUAAAUUGUUCAAUAAAGAAGUUGACUUUUUUAACAAGCACUGAGGGGUGUUUAUGUUUGAAGUAAUGUCAAGAUAGAAUGAAAUCAAUUGAAAAGUAUAUCGCGAGCUAAGAAGAAGCUGAAUAGAUAUGUGUUUAGAAAUAGAUAAAGGGGAAAUAUGCAAAGAGUUUAUACAAAAUAAUAUUUAUGAAGCAGAGGAUAAUUUAAAUGAAGAGCAGCUUCAUGCAGUAGUAGAAUAUAUUGAUGUUUUAAAGGAUGCCUUGAAUAAGCUAGAUGUAGGACAACUAGAAAGCUUUGAUUGAUUUAAUUUAAAAAUUGAUAAAUAA